CCGCCGCCGCCGGAGAUGAAGAAGAUCUUUGGGGCCAAGAAGAACAAGGACCCGCCCCCAUCCAUCCAGGACGCCACCGACCGAAUCAACAAGAGGGGGGAGAGCGUCGACGACAAGAUCAAGAGGCUCGAUGAGGACCUCGCCCGCUACAAGGACCAGAUCAGGAACACUCGUCCUGGACCCUCCCAGGACGCCAUCAAGGCACGCGCCAUCAGGCUUCUCAAGCACAAGCGCAUGUACGAAGAACAGCGCAACAUGCUCUACAACCAGACCUAUAAUCUCGACCAAGUCGCUUUCGCUGCCUAUGGCCUCAAAGACGCUCACCAGACUAUGAAUGCCAUGAAGGCCGCUAAUAAAGAGCUCAAGGGAAUGAUGAAGACAGUCAAGAUUGAGGACAUCGAUGUGGAUGAGCUAGGACUGCCAGCAGAUCAGUUGAAGAAGUUGAAGAUGCAGGCCGCCACUAGCAGUGUUGUUGGGUUGUCGGCCGUGCUGCCGGCUGCAGUGAAUGCGAAGAUGCAAGCUCGUCCUCGUGUUGCCGCCACACCGACAAGGGCGCUGACGGUGCGCGUUCGUGCCUCGGCGGCCGUCGCGGUGGAGGCUGCAGAGGUGGACUACAGCUCCAACAUCUCGGUGUUCCCGAUGGAGGCGUGCGACCUGAUCGGCGGCGAGGCGUGCAACGUGCAGAUGUACCCGGAGGCCAAGCUGCCAUCAUCAUCAUCAGCUACUGCUGCUGCUGCUCGGGCGGAGGAAGUCGAGAGGGACUACCUGUCCUACGACGAGCCCAGGACGGUGUUCCCCGAGGAGGCGUGCGACGAUCUGGGAGGGGAGUUCUGCGAGGCGCCAUACCAGCAGGCCGCCUGACUGACUGACUGACUGAUUGAAUGAAUCUGGACAAAAUCCAUAUACAUGAUGGAGUCAUCUACUACGAUCGGAGGCUUCAGUCCACUCCACCUUAAUUCGAUAUGAUGUAGCUACAGAUUAAUCAUCAUGUAGCGCUCCAUCUACCUUGUUAAUUAGGCACUAUCCUGUCCAGCUAAGCUAGUCUAGCUACUCAAAACCAUCUUCGUAUGUUUAUAACAUAUAAUACAAUACUACAUACAUAUGCAUUUGCUCCAUCUAUACAACGACUAUACAUCCUCCUUGUCUCA